GUCACCCUUUGGCAGGAAGGAGGGGCCAGCUUCUGGGAAAGGGGGAUCUUCGAGAAGUUUCCUGAAGUGCUUGCAGAAAACUCUUGUUUGGACAAGAAGAGCGAAGGAGUCAGGAGCAGACCAGUGAUGGAGAUUGUGGAGAACAUUCUGGCGGCCGCAAAAAUCAUCUACAAGCAAUGCAAGCAGGUGAAGUGCUGUGGUUACCAGAGCCAACGCCUUGAGGUCCGUAUCAAGGCUCUGCUGCCAUCCAUUGAAGCUCUUCAGGCCCAGUCCGCCAAACAGAUCUCCCCCAGGUUGAAAGAGACCCUGCAGACACUGCUGGAUAAUCUGCAUCGGGCCAAGGAGCUGCUUGUGAAGUACAGUGACCAGAACCAGCUGCAGAAGUUUGUGAAAGCCAAUAAUGUGGUGGAGAAGUUUGCAGAGGUGAACGAGGGCCUAAAUGAUGCUUUCCAGGCACUCUUGCUGCUUCUGCAAGUGGAGCAAUCCACCCGGGCUCAAUUUGAGAGAGACGUCCUACACAAAGAAGACCGCCACGAUCAGAAAAUGGACAGCACUUCCUGGGAGGAGAUGCUCCAACACAACAAAGAAAUCAAGGAUCGUGUGGAUAGCAUCCGUCAUUCGGUCAAGAGCAUAGAAAGCAAACUGGAGCAGGUUUUGACAAUCAACACUGCAGAAUCUUUACCAAAGAAAAAAGAAAAGCAGGGGUCAAAUGCAAACUGCGACAUCAAGGAGAUCGACAGGAAACUGCUCACCCGGGGGAAGCGCCUGAUGGGCUUUGAGAGCCACCUGCUUUUCAGAGGAGAGUACAACGAAUUUCCUGUGGCCAUCAAAGUCUUCAACAACCCUGCAAGCACCAGCAAGAAGGUGAGGGAAAUAUUCGAGCAAGAAGUCAAAACCAUGAAGACGUUUGAGUCCCCCUGUAUCCUUCGUCUGUACGGCAUCUGCAUAGACGAGAGUGUUGGUCCGACCCCCACGUUCUCCAUUGUGAUGGAAUACUGCGAGAAGGGCACCCUGCGGGAAGUGCUGAAACGGGAGCCACACUUGUCCUGGAAGGUCCGCAUGGAAAUGGCCCACCAGGCUUCCAUCGGCCUGCACGGGUUGCAUCAGACACAGGAGAAGACUCAUCUGCAUGGCUGCAUCAACAGUACCAAAUUUCUGGUUGCUGCAGGCUACCGUGUGAAGCUGACAGGGUUUGAACUGUCUCGAACGGAGUCUUCCAUCCGAAGAAAGCCCAAGGAGACCCACAAAGAAGUUGCUGCUUCCGCCUACAUCUGCCCUGAGGGCCUGGCAUCCAUACACCACCAAUAUGACCUGCCCAGUGAAAUAUACAGCUUUGGGAUUGUGCUGUGGGAGAUCGCAACUGGAAAGAUCCCUUUUGAAGGCUGCACUGCACAGGAGAUCCAGGAGAAGGUUUGCGAGCAACGCUACCAGGAACCGCUGGGGAAAGAUUGCCCUGAUGCCCUGCAGGAUAUCAUCAACCAAUGUCGGAAUUAUGAUCCUUCCAUGCGCCCAUCCUCUAAAGAUAUUGUGAGCAACUUGCGGGCUGCCACUUCCACUACAACUGCCUGAUAGAUGAGAAGAAAGCGUGGAAGUCCUUGUGGAAAACAGCAACUCCUUCUCAUCAAAAAUCAGACUGUUUAUUAUUAUUAUUAUUAUUUUAUCUUAUACGGCUGCGGCCACCCUCCCGAAAGACUCAACUGAGUUAGAGAUGGGGCGAGGAAGGCUUUGGGGGAGUGGGGGGUUUCAGGUUGCCCCGCUUCCUUCUAUCUGAUGUCAGAUGGGGGGGGCAUGGCUUGGGGCUCUGGGGCGUGUGUGCACUUUGCACGUGCGAUGGAGGACCCCUGCCUUUGUCCGCUGACCACUGGGAACCUCACUACGCCCCUGACACUCUCACAAGCCUUUUGUGGAGACUAGCACUGAAGCAGCCACCAAGGACCCUAGGUGAUGGGGUGGGGGUUGGUUUGUGCUAGGCAAAGCAAACACCCCCCCCAGCUCUUCCGUUAUAUGACACCCAUUUUCUCCCAUUGUCAAAAGGGAAUAUGAAUUCUUUAUUGCCAUGCCAUAUUUAGAGCUUGUAUUUUUAUGAAUAUUGUAAAAGUUGGAGCAGUGCAAUUAUUAAAGGGCCAAAGCAAUAUUCAUUUAUUUGCAUGUGUAUGCAAAAAUGAAUUGCAAUCCGAAGCAAGACCACAAUAGAAUUAUUUUUUACUUGAACUUUUUACUGUGGUGGGAGACUCAUGAAUGCCCCCUGCCAAGUAGGCUGGAUUCCUGGCGUGGCACUAUUUCGUAGAACCAAAAGCGAGUCCCAUCUUCAGGCAACUGAGUUGCCAGUCUAUCAAAUCUCUAAUCCUUAGUCGCAUUCCCACAGAGGUGUUAUCUUGGGAAACCAAGGUGUGUCAAUAAUAAACCAGCUAGAUAUCUUAGUAUAAUAACUAUUCCCAAGUAUCGCAAAGCUCUAACACUCGCUCAUCUCAAUGCACUUCAAAUGGCUGUACUAGAAGAGAGGUACAAUAAAAGACCUUAUGCCGAGAGAUUUUGCCUUUGUAUCACCAGUGGGAGUCUAGAAACAACAGCACACAUGCUGCUAUAUUGUAAUGUUUAUAGGGACAUUUGAGAUUAUUAUGUUACCCCCAUAAAAGAAUUGCCAUGAAAAUGUUGAUGAAAUUUCUUUAAAUAUUGUCAAGUUUUGUUCUAUAGUUGGAAAG